CUAAAAUGGUAGGGUAGAUCCAAUCAGCUGUUCCUAGGUUUACCCGACCCGAGUUAUACUUUUCGAACGUGUCCAGUCGAAUAAACAAUAUAUCCUUAUUCCCAUUUUUUUACAUCCAGCUAAAAUAUUGAGAUAAUCCUCCUCUGUGGGGAGGAUGUUGAACUCCUCUUCUGUAUAGGUGUCAAUAAGUGUUCUUUUCUUUUCUGAUUCUAACUUUAAUUGGAAAAAAAAAAUCUCAAAAGCGAUCAGCUGAUUUAGGGCGGGUAUUAUAAAACUGCUUUGACAGUUAACUUGAAGUUAACUUUUUGAAUUACAUGUAAUUCCAGAAGUUAACUUUAAGUUAACUCUCAAAGUAGUUUUAUAAUACCCACCCUUAGGGCGGGUAGUAUUCACUGGUUUACUCGAUCCAUUUUCGAACGCCCUUUGGGAGAUCGAGUUCACCCCGGGUUAGUUUUCGUAAACGCCUAAAAGAUGCCUAAAAGUUGACAAGAAGAAAAAACACGAAAACAUAACCAAAACAACAAAACAAACCAAAAUCUAUAAUCUUUAAUUUAUUAAUUUAAACAACAUUAUUUACAACUAUCUUAUCAUUUAUCGGUAACCUAUUAAAAAGUUUAGAUGUGAUUGUAAAAAUCACUUCAUCCCAUACUUUGAUCAAAAGUUUUAUCUAGGGUUUUGUUUAAAUUCAAAUGAAAGUUGAGGAUCUGUAUUGUUGAGUAGGCCUGGCUCACUGAUAUUGUUGAAAUGGCAAAGAGGCAGCUUUUACUAUUAUCUUCCUCACAACUGCAUGGAUAUGAAUUUCUAGAGUUUGCAUCACGGGAUAUUACAGAUUUCUUAAGCAAGAAUAAAGUUUCUACAGUAUUGUUUGUCCCCUUCGCUAUUAAAGAUCACAAUGCUUAUCUGAAGAAAGUGGAAAAACCACUGAACCAAUGGGGAUUCAAAGUUGAGGGCAUCCAUAACCAAGAAAACCCAGUUGACGCAGUAGAAAAAGCUGAAGCAAUUUUCAUUGGUGGUGGAAAUACGUUUCGUUUAUUAAAAGCUUUAUAUGAUACUAAAUUGGUAACUGCUAUUAGGACAAGAGUAUUAGAAGAGGGUGUACCAUAUAUGGGCGCAAGCGCAGGUACAAAUGUAGCUACAAGAAGUAUCAACACAACAAACGACAUGCCCAUCGUAUAUCCGCCAAGUUUCGAAGCAUUAAAACUUGUUCCAUUCAAUAUCAAUCCACAUUACAUAGAUGCCGAGCCAAAUUCCAAACACAAAGGGGAAACCAGAGAGGAUAGAAUUAGACAAUAUCUUGAAGAAAAAGAUUCAUGCACUGUUUUAGGGCUGCGAGAGGGCGCUCUAUUGCAUGUCGAAGGGUAUAAUGCUGUUUUGAAGGGUUUCACAGGAGCUAAACUAUUUGUUAGAGAUCAAGAGCCUGUUGAAAUGAAAAUAGGUGAAGAUGUAAGCUACUUGUUCAAGGAUUGUGCAUAAAAUAGUUAUUAUCAUUGUUUCCUAAUUGUUGAUUAAUAAAGAGAUAUUUUUUGUAUUAAAUUUGCAAGUAAAAACACAAUUUGUUUUUUCUACCAAAUAUUUAUUUUUGUGUUCCAAUACAACUUAUCAAUAAUAAAUGAAUAAUGUGUAGUUAAAUCCUAUAAACAUCUUUCGAAUAGUUGAGUAGCGGCUUUAAACAACUCGGGAUCGUGCCUUUUGGGCGCUUCCACAUAAGUAUCAUUAAUUGGCAAAUUACACAAAUGCCUUCUGAUCAUAAGAUCACGCCUGGCAGAUAGAGCCCUUCUAUGGAGACCCACGCUACUGAAUAAAGUCUUACGAAUCUGUUGGUGUUCUUGAUUGGCCACCUGAAUGGCAGCAAUCGGAUGGGAAAUGUUGAGGUCAUCAGUAUCGGUUUUAGGUUCUUCUUUUGGCACUAGGCUGAUUGGUUCUGUGAAUUCGUCAUCUGGUUCCUCUUUGAUUUCUUGCUUUAUGCCAUUGAUGUUCACUAAACUGUUGCUUGAGGAAUCAUUUUUACCCUUGUCUUCUACUUUUUCCUGGAUCAUAUCCACUUCGGCGUGAUGCUUGAGAAUAUCUUUGACCAAAUCUUCACCAGCUAACCUCACAGAUAUACCCAAAUUAACCAAAAUAUUAUGCGGUUCCCAUCGCAGUUUAGCUGAACUCAUUGGUUUGACCCUAGAGCGGGAUUCUGCUACCAAACUAGCCCAAUCGACACCCAAAGCAUCUCCAAUACCCUUAACUUUAGACUCUUCAUCUAGUUCGUCUUCAGAUAUUUCCUCGAAAUCAAGAUCCAUAUCAUCAAUGGAUUCGUCUUUUUGGGCGCUCUUAGCUGGAGACUGAGCGGGCGAUUGGGAUUUUUGUGAAGCUGUGGCGGAAGGAACUAUUUCAGAUGCUGAAACAAUUGGUUGACUUUCGAGAUUUACAACAGGAGCAGACUCUAUUGGUUCUUCUAUGGCCUCAU